AGAGAGUGAUAGACCACAAACGAGAAGAAUGUGACCGCAAGAUAAAUAAGAGCACAAGGAGAAAUUGCUGAAAGAAUCAGUGGCCAAGCAGAGGGAGAAAGAGAGACUGCUAAAAGAGUCAGAGGCCAAGGAGAAGCAGAGAGAGCACAAGGAGAAAUUGCUGAAAGAAUCAGAGGCCAAGCAGAGGGAGAAAGAGAGACUGCUAAAAGAGUCAGAGGCCAAGGAGAAGCAGAGAGAGCACAAGGAGAAAUUGCUGAAAGAAUCAGUGGCCAAGCAGAGGGAGAAAGAGAGACUGCUAAAAGAGUCAGAGGCCAAGGAGAAGCAGAGAGAGCACGAGGAGAAAUUGCUGAAAGAAUCAGAGGCCAAGCAGAGGGAGAAAGAGAGACUGCUAAAAGAGUCAGAGGCCAAGGAGAAGCAGAGAGAGCACAAGGAGAAAUUGCUGAAAGAAUCAGAGGCCAAGCAGAUGGAGGAAGAGCAGCGACUGGCGAAGAGGCAUGAAGAGGAGGAACAAAGGCUUCAUGUGGAGGCCAAGAGAAAGGAGGAGGAAAACAGGAAGAAAGAGUUUGAAGCCAAACUGCAGAAGGCAAAGGAGGAAGGGGAAAGGCUAUUACAGCAAUGGGAACAAGAAAAAGCCAAACGUCUGUCUUUUAAGGAAGAAAUUAGGAAAAGAAAGGAAAACAAGCAAACGAAAGACUUGGAGACCAAAAAAGCAAAGGAGGGAGAGGAGAAGAAAAGGUCCGAAUACCAACAGAAAGAAGACAUGAGAAAGAAAGCUGAUGAGGUGAGAAGGAAGAAGAAAGAGGAAGAAGACUUAAAGAAAACUUGUGAGGCUGAAAGACCGAGGGAGGAGAGGAAACUGCCAGCGCAGCAACAGAAAGAGAAUACAAUGGAUGCCCUCAGGAAGAAAACUAAGGAAGAGACAGCAAACAGGGAAAGAAGAGAGUGCGAGGAAGCCUUAAAAUGUCCAAACAAGGCUCAGCUCGAACAGUUACUGAAAAGGGAGCAAGCGAAACUCGACCUCAUGAUUGAGAAGAGGUUGGCGGGAGUAGGGGGGGUGGAGAGCAGUACAGUCAUGAAGAAACCAAAUCCCCCUCGAUGUACAAUUUUCGAUAAAGAUCCAGAGCUACUGCUGAGCUCUGAGGAGGAAACAGAUGGUGAAUUUGAUAGACAAGGGGAGGAAGAACAAAGCCAAAUAGAGAUGGGAGGAAAAAAGAUGGAGGAAAAACACGAAAGUGAAGAGGAUAGGCCGUUGGAAGAAGACAUAGUAAAACCACGAAAGCCAAAAGUAAACAAAUUCAAGACUUUUUUUCAAAAGUUCAUACCUGGAUUUUAGCCCAAUGGUGUUCUCAAAGAGUAUUGUUGAUCUGUCAUGCCUGAACCUUUAAUAAUAAAUAACUAACAAAGAUGAUGAGGAAAAACAUGAAAGUGAAGAGGACAGGCGGUUGAAAGAAGACAGUAAAGCCACGAAAGCCAAAAGUAAACAAAUACACUACUUUUUUUAACAAAUGUUCAUACAUGGAUUUUAGCCCAAUGGUGUUCUCAAAGAUAAUUGUUGAUCUGUCAUGCCUAAACCUUUAAU